UGCUGCAAUAAAAUGUGUGUGGUACUACGUAACACCUAUGAUGAUGAUGGCACUUUGCCAGAAAGCCAUCUUCCUCCUGUUUCCCUUGAAAUCCCAUCCUGCUUUUCCUGUACACUACCCCUCACAAACCACAAGCUGCAGCAACAUGGAUGCCCAGCCUGGAACAACAGCAGCCAGGAUGACCUGGAGCCAGGGGGCCCUUCGGAUGAGAUGCACACCCUUCCUGGGUGAUGCUUUUUGGCUUUGUGAGGAAUCUUACCAUCAGUCGCAAUGGCCAGCAAUGUUACCAACAAGACAGAUCCUCGCUCCAUGAAUUCCCGUGUAUUCAUUGGGAAUCUCAACACUCUUGUGGUCAAGAAGUCUGAUGUGGAAGCAAUCUUCUCGAAGUAUGGCAAAAUUGUGGGUUGCUCUGUUCAUAAGGGCUUUGCCUUCGUUCAGUAUGUUAAUGAGAGGAAUGCCCGGGCUGCUGUGGCAGGAGAGGAUGGCAGGAUGAUUGCCGGCCAGGUUUUAGAUAUUAAUCUGGCUGCAGAGCCAAAAGUGAACCGAGGAAAAGCAGGUGUGAAACGAUCUGCAGCGGAGAUGUACGGGUCAGUACCAGAACACCCUUCUCCGUCCCCUCUACUCAGCUCCUCCUUUGAUUUGGACUAUGACUUUCAACGCGAUUAUUAUGACAGGAUGUACAGUUACCCAGCACGUGUUCCACCGCCACCUCCUAUUGCUCGUGCUGUAGUGCCCUCGAAACGCCAGCGUGUAUCUGGGAACACUUCACGCAGGGGCAAAAGCUUCAAUUCUAAGAGUGGACAACGAGGAUCGUCAUCCAAGUCUGGAAAGUUGAAAGGAGAUGACAUUCAGGCCAUUAAGAAGGAGUUGACCCAGAUAAAACAAAAAGUGGAUUCUCUUCUGGAAAACCUGGAAAAAAUCGAAAAGGAGCAGAGCAAACAAACAGUAGAGGUGAAGAAUGAUAAGUCAGAAGAGGAGCAGAGCAGCAGCUCCCAGAAGAAAGAUGAGACUAAUGUGAAGAUGGAGUCUGAGGGGGGUGCAGAUGACUCUGCUGAGGAGGGGGACCUACUGGAUGAUGAUGAUAAUGAAGAUCGGGGGGAUGACCAGCUGGAGUUGAUCAAGGAUGAUGAAAAAGAGGCUGAGGAAGGAGAGGAUGACAGAGACAGCGCCAAUGGCGAGGAUGACUCUUAAGCACAUAGUGGGGUUUAGAAAUCUUACCCAUUAUUUCUUUACCUAGGCGCUUGUCUAAGAUCAAAAUUUUCACCAGAUCCUCUCCCUAGUAUCUUCAGCACAUGCUCACUGUUCUCCCCAUCUUUGUCCUUCCCAUGUCCAUUAAUUCAUACUGCCCUGCGCCUGGUCCCAUUUCACUUCUUUUGAUGCUCCUAGUAGUUUUGUUAAGUCUUACCCUGUAAUUUUGCUUUUAAUUUUGAUACCUCUUUAUGACUUAACAAUAAAAAGGAUGUAUGAUUUUUAUCAACUGUCUCCAAAAUAAUCUCUUGUUACGCAGGGAGUACAGUUCUUUUCAUUUAUGAGUUAGUAGUUGCUUCCCUAACUGCAAAGGCAGUAUCAUUGAGUUGAGUAGCACCUGUGUGAAC